AUGUUUUGGCAGAAUGUUCAUCACUUUGGUCAGAAGUUGGUACGCCGGCGGCCCUUGGCCGCAAACGAACUGUCUGAUUCUCCCUUGUCACGAUGUCUGACCACUUUGGACCUUCUGUUCUUGGGGGUGGGCAGCACCCUGGGAGCAGGCGUGUAUGUCCUGGCUGGGGAAGUAGCCAGAGAGAAAGCUGGACCAUCCAUCAUUCUUUGCUUCUUAGUGGCUGCUGUAUCUUCAAUGCUGUCUGGACUCUGUUAUGCUGAGUUUGGGGCCAGGGUGCCGUGUUCAGGUUCAGCGUAUCUCUACAGCUAUGUCACAGUGGGCCAGCUGUUGGCGUUUGUCACUGGCUGGAAUCUCAUACUCUCCUACAUCAUUGGUGCAGCCAGCGUGGCCCGGGCCUGGAGCGCAGUUUUUGAUGGCCUCGUAGGGAACCGGAUCUCCCAAGCCCUGCAGACCAGCUUUCCUCUGCAAGUGCCCAGCUUCCUGGCCAAGUAUCCAGACUUUUUUGCACUUGGACUGGUUCUAGUCCUUACUGGAAUCCUGGCCCUGGGAGCUCGAGAGUCUGUCCUGGUCACCAGAGUGUUCACAGGCGUGAAUCUUUUGGUGCUGUGCUUCGUCUCCCUGUCUGGGUUCAUGAAGGGCAGUCUCCACAACUGGCAGCUCAACGAGGAUGACUACAAACUGGCCAUGUCAGGGGCCAACAGCACUGACAGCUUGGGUCCUCUGGGCUCUGGAGGCUUCACGCCUUUUGGUGCCAGUGGAAUUCUCCAAGGUGCAGCAACAUGCUUCUUUGCCUUCAUUGGUUUCGAUUGUAUUGCGACUACAGGGAAAGAGGUUCGCUGUCCCCAGCGCUCCAUCCCACGGGGCAUCGUGGCCACACUCUUUGUUUGCUUUCUGAUGUAUUUUGGUGUUUCGGCGGCACUUACCCUCAUGAUGCCCUACUACCAGAUUCACGCUGACAGUCCCUUGCCCCAGGCGUUUAUCCACGUGGGAUGGGGUCCUGCUCGAUAUGUGGUGGCUGUGGGAACGUUAUGUGCCCUUUCAUCCAGCCUCAUGGGUGCCAUUUUCCCCGUGCCUCGGGUGGUCUAUUCCAUGGCAGAGGAUGGGCUCCUUUUCCGGAGACUCACCCGUGUUCAUCCUCGAACACACACCCCUGUCCUAGCCACUGUCCUUUGUGGAAUCAUCACAGCACUUACGGCUUUCCUUGUUGAGCUCAGUGACCUGGUGGACCUCACAACCGUAGGAACCCUGCUUUCCUACUCCUUGGUGUCCUUCUCGGUUCUGGUCCUCAGGUACCAGCCAGACCAGAACUUAAGCUCUCGUCAGACGGAGGAAUCAGAGAGUGGAGCUGUUGAGAUGAAGCCCGCUCUUGAACGUUCUUCAUCUUUGGAGCCUAUUUCUGCAGCAGGAACUCCAGGAAUUGCAAGGAGCCUCUGUAACCCCACAGAUAAGAAUCCGACACUGAGAUCUGGCCAGAUUGUGUAUGGAUGUGCCUUCCUGCUUGUUCUCCUGCUGAUGUUCCUUUGCCUAGUCCUGGCCCAGUGGCCUGGACAGCUCUUCUCUGGAGACCUGGUUCUGAUAGCUGUGGCUGUAUCACUGCUGCUUCUCAUUGUCGGGGUGGCCAUUGUCAUCUGGAGACAGCCUCAGAGUACCACUCCUCUCCACUUCAAGGUUCCAGCACUGCCCCUGCUCCCUGUGUCGAGUAUCUUUGUGAAUGUCUACUUGAUGAUGCAAAUGACUGCCAUGACCUGGACUCACUUUGGAAUCUGGAUGGCGAUUGGAUUUGCCAUCUACUUUGGAUAUGGGAUCCGGCACAGCCUGGAUGGGAGGGAUGACCAACAGCCAACAGCAACAGCCUCAAACUCGCAGGCUGUCCAGGAACAUAUGUCCAGUGUGGAAUUAGAGUAACUGCAGAAAGACCCUGUGGCUAUCUGUGUGUGGUGGGGAGACAGUACUGGUCACUGAAUUUAGAGCCUUGUGCAUCUGCGGAGAGACUUGCCGGUGUCUUCAGCUUAAGGAAAGGCUUGAAUAUUUGGGCUGUAGAUGGAAUUUAUUUUUGAAAGCAUUGUUAUUUGUCAGCAAAUUUCUUAACUUUUCCCCCCUUAU